CAGCCAUUUGCAUUGACAGAAGAUGGAAGUGUUUCAGGAACUGCACAAGCCAUCGGUAAGCCUGGAGUGUGACCACUGUGGCUUCAGAGGCACUGAUUAUGAGACAGUGCAGCUCCACAUGGGCUCCAUUCAUCCUGAGUUUUGUGAUGAUAUGGAUGCUGGAGGACUAGGCAAGAUGAUAUUUUAUCAGAAGAGUGCAAAGCUCUUCCACUGCCAUAAGUGCUUUUUCACUAGCAAGAUGUACUCCAAUGUGUACUAUCACAUCACAGCCAAACACGCGGCCUCAGAGAAGUGGCGUGACAAGACAAAGGAGCAGCUGAGCAAAGAGACCGAGUCUGUGAAGAGCCCCGCCCUUCCUGAACAUCAGAGCCCGGCCCUUGACUCAGCAGAAGUGAGGCCCACUCCGACCCUCCCCAUAGAAACUCAGAAAAUUGGUCCGAGUUUGUCUCCAGAAUCACAGAAAUCUGGUCCUCCUGCUCUGGAGCCUCAGGACUCUGGCCCUGUUGUUUCUCCUGAGCUACAGGCCCCUUGUCUUCCUGCUGAGGCCUCAAAAACUGCUCCUGUUUCUUCCCCUGAAUGUCUAGACCCAGCCAGCGUGGUUUCUGAGGUACCGAAACCUGCCCCUGCUUCCCCUGAGUCUGUCAAGUCUGCUCUUGUUAGCUCCAAACCCCAGAAGCACUCUCCCUUUGCAGACACAGGAGCUCCCCCUUCCGCCUUGUCUCCAGAGUCCCCAGUUCUGACCACAUCCCCUGAGCCUUGGGGGCCAUCCCUGACUGCAUCUCCAGAGUCUCGGAAGCCAGCACGGACUGCCUCUCCUGAGCCAAGGAAGCCGUCCCCCUCCGAGUCUCCCGAACUUUGGAAGGCAUUCCCUGCCCUCACUUCAGAGCCACGGAGACCAACCCCAGCAGUAUCACCAGGGGCCUGGAAGCCAGGGCCGCCUGGCUCUCCUCGGCCUUGGAAAUCCAGUCCUUCAGCAACAUCAGGACCUUGGAAGUCAUCGAAACCUGCUCCAUCUAUGUCGCCUGGGCCUUGGAAGCCAAUACCGUCUGUAUCGCCUGGGCCUUGGAAGCCAGCUCCUUCUGUGUCCACUGCAUCUUGGAAGUCUUCAGUCUCCUCUGGUUCCUGGAAAACGCCGCCCACAUCUCCAGAGUCAUGGAAGUCUGGUCCCCCUGAGCUCCGGAAGACAGCUCUAGCUUUGUCGCCUGAACACUGGAAGGCUGUGCCCCCGGUGUCUCCGGAGCUACGCAGACCAGGCCCACCACUCUCCCCUGAGAUCCGAAGUCCAGCAGGAUCUCCGGAGCUCAGGAAGCCUUCAGGGUCACCAGACCUUUGGAAGCUUUCUCCUGACCAGCGGAAAAGUUCUCCUGCUUCACUUGAUUUCUCCGAGUCCCAGAAAAGUUCUCGCGUUUCCCCUGACCUCUGGAAGUCCUCCUUCAUUACAGAGUCUCAGAAGCCUAGCGUCUUCCCUGAGACACGGAAACAUGCUUCUUCUGGCUCAUCGGAGCCCCCAAAGGUGGCCUCAGACAUUUGGAAGCCUGUCCUCUCUAUUGAUGCCGAGCCUAGGAAGUCCACACUGUUUCCUGAGCCCACCAAAACAGUCCUUCCUGCUUCUCCUGAGCCACGGAAACGUGCACUUUUCCCGGAGUCCCGGAAGCAUGUACUUUUCCCUGAGCUUCCCAAAUCUGCUGUGUUCUCCGAUGCUCAGAAGGCCACUGAGCUUAGUGAUGAGCUACAGCUGGAAGCUGUAGAUGAUGCAAAAUGUGGUAGUCUGGUCCAGGAAGGGCUUCUGGCUACGCCUAAGAAACUGUUAGAGGAUGCUUUAUUUCCUGCUUCCAAGAAGCUCAAGAAAGACAGCCAAGAGAACUCGGAUGCUGAGCUCAGUAGCAGUGAGUACAUCAGAACAGAUUUAGACAACAUAGACAUCAAGGGCCAGGAGUCAAGCAGCGACCAAGAACAGGUGGAUGUAGAAUCUAUUGAUUUUGGCAAAGAGAACAAAAUGGAGAUGAGUAGUCCAGAGCAGUCCAAAAAUGUGCUUCAGUUCACUGAAGAGAAGGAGGCAUUCAUUUCUGAGGAGGAGAUCGCAAAGUACAUGAAGCGUGGAAAAGGGAAAUAUUAUUGCAAAAUCUGCUGCUGUCGUGCCAUGAAGAAGGGUGCUGUUUUGCACCACUUGGUUAAUAAGCACAAUGUCCAUAGCCCGUACAAGUGCACAAUCUGUGGGAAAGCAUUUCUUUUGGAGUCGCUCCUUAAAAAUCAUGUAGCAGCCCAUGGGCAAAGUUUACUUAAGUGUCCACGCUGUAAUUUUGAAUCAAAUUUCCCAAGAGGCUUUAAGAAACAUUUAACUCAUUGUCAAAGCCGGCACAAUGAAGAGGCAAACAAGAAGCUGAUGGAAGCUCUUGAGUCGCCAUUGGAAGAGCCACAGAUGUGAUUCCAGACAAUACUUGCUCUGCAGUGUUUGCCAAACUUGUACUUGAUGAGUAGCCUGUGGACUGUGUAUGUGUGCUGUAUCCUGUCCGUCUGGAUAGUGUUACACAGAAUAAGCACUUGGUUACUGCUUUUUCCAUAGGAUCUCGUUGAUGUGGCUGGCUGUUUUAUAAGUCAAUACAUUUCUGUUACGUAUUCCAGAUGGAUAUAACUCGUUAUCCUUAAGCUUAUUUUAGUCAUAAGGAGUGGGGGAAGAUAGGCAGGUUCAUUUAGUAAACAAGCAAGUUUAAACCUAACUAAAACCUUUCUUCCCCUUUCUCUGUGUGUGUGUGUGUGUGUGUGUGUGUGUGUGUGUGUGUGUACAGUUGAUCUCAGAUCAUAACAGUUAGGUAGAGGGUUCUGCUAGAGCACUUGCCUAGCAUGUUUUCCAUACUGACUGUCCCAGGGCUCAAUCCCCAGUACCUUUAAAAAAAAAAAAAAAAAAGGACUGUUUGAAAAUUGAGCAUGAAAAGGAAACCUGAGAAAAAUUUUGUUAACCUUAAAUGUACUUUUAAAUUAUGUUUUAUAUUCUUUUUCUUCAUGUAAAAUGAGUUCAAGAAUCUUUAAUACUUUUCUCGAUGUUCAUUAACUUUUAUGUUGUAGGGAGCUGGAGUCUUAGGGGUCACUGGUUUUCUGCUGACAGGACAUUUGAGUAGAUAUUUAAAGCAGUUUUGAUAUUUUCUGCAAAGACUGAGAGGGCCAUGUGAUUGAGGCCAUGCUUGCUUGUCUGUAGUUAUUUCCAAUGGAGUCUUCCCCUCACUUUCCUGCCAGCUCACAUUAACAGAUGAUCUUGAAUUGCCAAACCGUGAUAGAGUUUGCACCUCCUACCCCGGGCCUCCUGUGCUCCCUGCUGGGGCUCAAGACCAGGGUAACAGGAGUUGCUGAAAGUCUUCCAGAUUCCCAGUUAAAAAUGAAUGAAUGGAGCUAGUGAGGCAGCGCACACUAGCCUGUCACCUGAGAGGCUGAGGUGGAGGGGUCACUUGAGCCCAGCCUGGGCAGUACAGUGAAAGCCUGCUCAGAAAGCAUUCCUGUCGAAACAUUGUGAUUUUGUUUCACAGUUUUGUCAUUGUAAAUACCUUGUUUCUCUUCAUGAAUUAUUAUUCUAACACAUUUUGUUAAAUGUGUAUCAACCAAAUUAAAAAGGCUUUCAUGUUAAUAUCUUCA